CCCUCCCCGAGCUCGGCCUCGUCCCCGCUUGCAGCGCCGGCUGGAGGCGCACGGCCCAGAUAUUGCAACUGUGACACAAAGAGUGGAACAGUGAUUUUCUGAAGCUCGCACAUCAAGUCAGUGGCAGAACCAGAAAAAGUACCCAGGUCUCCUGAUUCCCAACCCUGUGCGCUGAACACUGCCACUCAUCUCACUGAUGUUUUUCCAGAAUGAUGCCAAGAAAAAGAAAGCGGUUAACUCCAUUAAAUGCUGUCCAAAGUAAACCAGGCUUCUCUCCAGCUGACACCUCUGGGAGCCUGACAGUUCUCCUUGAUGGGAAUUCCUCUCCAGUAAGCAGCAAAUACUUCAGUGAAGAGAAGAGGACAUCUUCCCGGCUAGGGACAGACUUUUUCAACCAACCCUGCAUCAACCUGGCUAAAUCAUUUCUAGGACAGAUUUUAGUUCAUAAACUUCCUGAUGGCAGAGAACUCCGGGGAAGGAUUGUGGAAACGGAGGCAUAUCUGGGUGGGGAAGAUGCAGCUUCCCAUUCAAAGGGAGGGAAGCAAACUGCAAGAAAUGCAGCAAUGUUCAUGAAACCGGGAACCCUGUAUGUGUACCAGAUCUAUGGGAUUUAUUUCUGCAUGAAUGUUUCCAGCCAGGGGGAAGGGGCUGCAGUCCUGCUCCGGUCCUUGGAACCUCUGCAGGGCCUGGACACCAUGAGGCAGCUGCGAAGUGCUCGGAGGAAAGGAUCAGCCAAACCCCUGAAGGACUGGCAGCUGUGCAAUGGGCCCUCCAAGCUCUGUCAAGCGCUUGCUAUUAACAAGAGCUUUGACCAAAAGGACCUGGCUUAUGACACAACAGUCUGGAUGGAGCCUGGCUCAGAAGCACUGGGAGAGCAGGCUCUGGUGACUGCAGCCAGAAUUGGUGUCAGCUACGGUGGAGAGUGGGCACAGAAACCGCUGAGGUUUUAUAUACGAGGGAACAAAUGUGUGAGUGUUGUGGACAAGAAGAAGGAGAGAGAGCAAGCUGCUGCAGAAUAGAGGCAUGGGGGGAGCCUGGCCAAGAUUGGACUCUUGGUAAGGCCUGUGCUUUCAUUAACUAUCAGCCCCAGGCUCUGACCUGAUGGAACCGGGCCGGGGGGUGGUGCUGGUUUGGAAGCUGUUUUAAUAAUAAAUGUGCUUUGUUAUAAUGAAA